UAAACAUUUUUUAGUAGGGCUUUAUGUACUAAAUUUUUAUUUCAUUUCUUAAAGCCAUAAAACAAAAAACCUGAUUAACCAGAUUAGAUGAAUUGCUCCAGGACCAGUACAGAGACUGCUUUCAAUGAUCCGCUUUUUUUUUUUGAAUAAUAAUAAGGUUCUGGUACCAAGCUUUAGUUAAAAGUAUUCCCAAGGAUUUCCCUGGAUUUUUCUAGUUUUGAUUUUACUUGAGUCAUGGAAAGAAAGUUGUUGACAGUAAUCUCCUUUUGCUUGUUUUAAUUCCUACUUAAAAAAACAGAGGACGAAAACGUGGUAAACCAAAAAGACUUGUUUAGAUGUUUAGAUCCCGGAGGUCCCUUUUCCUUUUGCAUCUCAACGGUCCGUGGGAAACAAACCCUCUUCCCCUCCCCUCUCGUUCUCACCUCUUCAGUCCCACUUAUCUCUUCCCCCUGGAUCUCUAGCCUCUUCUCCCCAAACAACCAACAACAGUUGCCCAUCAACCAAGACUGUUUCCUAUGCUCUAAGAAAGCCCAGCUACAGAAGAAAUCCCUUAAAAUCAGGACCCUUUUCCUGUCCUCCAAGCCCAGCUAUAGAAGAAAUCACCUAAAAUGGCAGCUGGUGUGGCAACGUGGCUGCCUUUUGCUCGGGCAGCGGCCGUGGGCUGGCUCCCGCUGGCCAAGAAAUCCAUGCCCAAGCCCCCGGGCGACAAGAAGAGCCGCCACGAUGAGAUUCUCCUCAUCAAUGUGAGCGGGAAUCGUUUUCAGACCUGGAAAAACACUCUGGACCGUUACCCCGACACCCUCCUGGGCAGCUCGGAAAAAGAGUUCUUCUUCAAUGAGGAGACCCAGGAAUACUUCUUCGACCGGGACCCAGAGAUGUUCCGUCACAUCCUAAACUUCUACCGCACGGGAAAGCUCCACUACCCCCGGCACGAAUGCAUCCAGGCCUUCGACGAGGAGCUGGCCUUUUACGGGAUAAUCCCGGAGAUCAUCGGCGACUGCUGCAUGGAGGAGUACCGGGACCGCAAGAAGGAAAACCAGGAACGGUUGGAGGAGGACACAGAAGCGGAAAUGGCAACAGAAACCCCUCUCCCGCCAGACAGCACCCUCAGGGAGCGGCUCUGGAGGGCCUUCGAGAACCCCCACACCAGCACCAUGGCCCUGGUUUUUUACUAUGUGACAGGCUUCUUCAUCGCCGUCUCGGUCACCGCCAAUGUGGUGGAGACCGUCCCUUGCAGAGCCCCCAAGGGGAUGGUGAAGGACCUGCCCUGCGGGGAGAAGUUCUCUCUGGCUUUCUUCUGCUUGGACACGGCCUGUGUGAUGAUCUUCACCUUCGAGUACCUGAUGAGGUUCUUCGCUGCUCCGAGCCGCGGCAAAUUCAUGCGCUCGGUGAUGAGCGUCAUCGACGUGGUCGCCAUCAUGCCCUACUACAUCGGCCUGGUCAUGCCCGAGAACGAGGACGUCAGCGGCGCCUUCGUCACGCUCAGAGUCUUCAGGGUCUUCCGGAUCUUCAAGUUCUCCCGGCAUUCCCAGGGGCUCCGGAUCCUGGGGUACACCCUGAAGAGCUGUGCCUCCGAGCUCGGCUUCCUGCUCUUCUCGCUCACCAUGGCCAUCAUCAUAUUCGCCACUGUCAUGUUCUACGCAGAGAAGGGAACCAAGGAGACCAACUUCACCAGCAUCCCGGCAUCUUUCUGGUACACCAUCGUCACCAUGACCACGCUGGGAUACGGAGACAUGGUGCCCAGUUCCAUCGCUGGCAAGAUCUUUGGGUCAAUCUGCUCUCUGAGUGGUGUGCUGGUCAUUGCCCUGCCUGUCCCCGUCAUCGUGUCGAACUUCAGUCGCAUCUAUCAUCAGAACCAGCGAGCGGACAAGCGGCGGGCACAGCUGAAAAUACGACUAGCGAGAAUUCGCCUGGCAAAGAGUGGAACCACCAACGCUUUCCUGCAGUACAAAGAGCAUGGCGGGCUACAGGACCAUGGCAGCGGGAACCAGGCGCUGUGUAUAAGGAACCGGUCUGCUUUUGAACAUCAGCAUAACCAUCUACUGCACUGCCUGGAGAAAACUACAAACCAUGAGUUCACAGAUGAGCACACUUUCAGCGAGCUGUGCAUGGACGAGUCCAUGGGCUACCGGACCAGCCGCAGCACCUCCAUCUCCAGCCAGCAGGGCCAGUCCACCUCCUGCUGCUCACGCCGGGCCAAGAGGAGAGCCAUCAGGCUGGCCAACUCCACGGUGUCAGUGAGCCGGGCCAGCGUGCAGGAGCUGGACACGCUGCACUUGCAGAAGAACACCGUCAUCCCGCAGAGCCGCUCCAGUUUGAAUGCCAGGACUCAGGACUUGAAGCUGAACUGCACCGACUUCACUGCGGCAAUUAUCAGCAUACCCACCCCCCCGGCCAACACCCCCGACGAGAGCCUGCCCCCCUCGCCCGCCAUCCCCGGAAUCCUCCGCAACUCUCGGCAGAUGGGGGGCAUGAGCAGCCAGUACACACAGGAGGCUGUUAAAAUCUCCUCCUUGUAACCCAUGUCAGACAUUACUAGCAGAGGCAGCGCAGGACUGGGGACCGGUAUGAGCUACAUAAAAAAAAAAAAAAAAAAAACCUUAAA